GACUGAGUUUGGGACCGACCCCAGUCCAGACUACGCCCACUUUACAAUCGCUCCAGCGGAAAUAUCUGCCUUGAAGUGGAAUAAGGUCCAGCUGUGCGUGAUUUUUAACUGUUAAUACGUUUCGCAGUACGAUUAAGUCCAUUGCUCAUCAUGCCUGCCGACUACAGCGGAACGUGGGACAUUGUCACCAAUGUCAACUUUGAAGGUUACAUGGUGGCGAUUGGCAUCGAUUUCGCCACACGAAAGAUUGCAGGCAUGCUGAAGCCACAGAAAGUCAUCGAGCAAGAUGGGGACUCCUUCAUCAUCAAGACCCUCACAACCUUCAGGAACUACACCUUCUCCUUCAGAAUUGGGGAGGAGCUUGAGGAGGUGACCCAAGGCCUGGACAACAGGAAGUGCAAGACGGUGGUGAACUGGGACAACAACAAACUAGUGUGUGUGCAGAGGGGUGAGAAGAAGAACCGAGGCUGGAGUCACUGGCUGGAGGGAAAUGAGCUUCAUCUGGAGAUGCACUGUGAAGAUCAAGUGUGCAAACAGGUCUAUAGAAAAAGUGCCUGAUCACAAAACCAAUGGGAAAGGGGAUAAAGGGUCAAAUUGAAUUACAGUGGCAAAAUAGGUGCACAGUAUUCAUGGUAACUUUUUUAUAUAUAAAAGUUUAUUGCGCCCUUUUUCGGCUGUUUUAAGUUUCCACCGUUACGCAUGCGAGUGUAUGAGAAAUAUCAACAAAAAUCAACAGAAAUCUGUUGUUUCGAAACGACAGAGAGUCUUAUCUUAUUUUCCAUUUUAAAAUGAAACUUUAAUUUAAUUUCAUGCUGCACCAUGUCAGUGAUUGUGAUGUCACAUACAGCAUUUAAAACGUUUGAAUAAAACUUUAGGACAUCACACAA